AUGGUAUUCAAUAGUGGCUACAAGCUCCUUAGUGGAGUCGUAUCUUCGGACAUAACGAAUCCUUCAAAGUUAUUAUUUCAAAUAGUAAUCCUACAAUGCUUCUACUACUUGACUGCAUUAGUUAUAUUCUACUUGGUGUCCUCGCUAAAUGGUUACAACUUUAAGAUCGACUGGAUCUUUCUGUGGGAACUAAUUUCGCCGGAAAAUGCAAUGGGGUUGACAUUGUUCAUAUUGUGGUUGUUUGACUCCUUGCUAUGCGUGGCAUUUGUAACCAUUAUAGUAGGUAGAUCCAAGUUGGCAUGGGACUUUGCCAUAACUGUUCACAUCAUUAAUUUAAUCGUGGUUUGGUUAUAUACAGGAAAAUUCCCAACGUCUACCUUGUGGUGGUGUUUGCAGGUUUUCAGUGGAGUAAUACUAGUUACGUUGUCGACCUAUAUGACGAGAUGGAAGGAAUUGAGAACUACGUUCUUCGAUAAUAUGCUCGACCAACAAGAAAGAGGAGAGGUUCCUCAACCACCAAUUGAAAUGAACGAUAUGGGCAGCGGAAACGCAUCUUCCAAAUAG